AUGUCGCUACUUUUCUUAAGAUCCAAUUGCGUCCGAUCAUCCACACCGUUGAGCUGGAUCUCGCGGAAUACCACGGCCCAGAUGCCACUACGCGCCAAACUCGACAGUUCAGCAUUCAGCGGAAAGGCGAGAAUGUCCUCAACGGCGUCCCCUGCCGGUGCGAAAGAGCUUCCAGGAGACGAUCCCGACGAUGUCCUCUUUUCAAAGCUCUACGGCGUCAGAUUGGUUGAGCUCAACCGGCCAAAGAAAUUGAACUCGCUCAAUGGUUCGAUGGUGCGGAAGAUUCUUCCUAGGCUUCAGGAAUGGCAAAAAUCACAACUUGCCAACGUUGUAAUGAUCUCUGGCGCUGGAACAAAGGCAUUCUGUGCUGGCGGAGAUGUUGCUGAGCUUGCAAAGCAGAAUACUGAAGGACCUAGCGGCCAGCAGAAAUCCAGAGAAUUUUUCGGACAGGAAUACCAACUUGACCAUUACAUUGCGACCUACUCCAAGCCCUAUAUCGCAGUUUUGGAUGGGAUCACGAUGGGUGGCGGCGUUGGACUCAGUGUGCAUGCGCCAUUCAGGAUAGCUACCGAACGUACCGUGUUCGCGAUGCCUGAGACGACUAUCGGCUUUUUCCCGGAUGUUGGCGGCUCUUUCUUCCUCCCACGCCUCGAUGGAGAAAUCGGCACAUAUCUUGCCCUUACGUCGGAGCGUUUAAGUGGUGUACAGGCAUUCUACGCCGGUAUUGCAACUCAUUACCUUCCAUCUAGUGCACUGGGAAACCUUACUGCUCGACUCUCCGAGUUGGUAUUCAGCGAUGGUGCGACAUUGGAUGCCCGCCUUGAUCUCGUUAACAAGACAAUCUCGGAAUACGCGGUUUAUCUCCCACCUCUGAAAGAAGAGCCAAUGCUACUAUCCGGCAACCUCCGUAAGUCAAUCGAUCGAUGCUUCGCUCAGCCAACCGUCGAGAAAAUCAUAGAAGCCCUGGAACAGGAAACGGAGAACCCUGAAUGGGCACAGAAGACUUUGAAAACGCUGGCUCAACGCUCCCCUAUUGCUCUCAAGGUAACACUUCGUCAGCUCCGUGUGGGCAAGUCGUGGUCUAUCGCCGAAACUUUCCAGCGGGAGGAUCAAAUAGCCGGACACUUCAUGGCUCAUCCGGACUUUGUUGAGGGUGUUUCGGCUAGGCUUGUCAACAAACCGCCAACCAAACCAGCCUGGAAACAUGAGUCUCUUGCUGAAGUGACUGAUGCCGAAGUAGAUGAGUUCUUCCGUAUUCCAGAUGGCGAGAACCGCUUACCACUGUUGAACCAAACCAGGGACUACAUGAAGUAUCCACAUGCCAAGUUUGCCCUUCCGUCAGAACAUGAUAUCGUGAAGUUCGUCCAAGACAAUGCUCCGGUUCGUGCUAGCCAGGUCAUCAAGGAGUUCAUGGUACGAACCGAGUCGAAGCUUGGGGUAAAGGAAAAGGUCCACGAAGUCUUGAACCGGAACACUAAGGACACGGAAAAGGGCUUGGUUUUGAAUUAA